CCGUCGCACACACGAUAUACCAAUUCUAUCUCAGGCUAAGACAGACAUUAUACAACCUAUACGUCCGACCCAAUUGAAUUAUUCUCCUUUAUACAAUUACUUCUUUACGCAGUCGAUUACAGUUGCGACAACAAAAUUAACUCGGCGGAAGUGCUCCGGUCGCCAGGCUGGAUGCCAUAACCCGCCGUGAUGGAUAGUGCAACAUGUAAUGUCAUCUACGUGGACCGUAACGUGCUCGAAGACCGAACACUUGGGUCCGACGGCACGGAAUUACCGGAGACUGGCGAGCUUCGGGGUAACUUAGGACUAUUGCUCGAUGCCUUCGGCGACGUACAUGCGUGCGCAAGUGGCGCUGCCUGCAUAUCUAAGCUGUUCCACUUGCAUGAUACAUCUAUGGUAGAGCUUAAACCAACGCUUGUACUGAUCGAUACGCCGUACGACGAGCAAUCGUUAGAAUCACACUCUUAUGAACGUGAUCAUUCCCCAUGCUCUGAAUUGUCGCGGGGCGAACUGACGGAGGGCGACUUGGUAGGAGAAUUGUACGGAUUGAAAUUACUGGAGCGAAUUGUCUACGAAACCCAUCUAAGGAGCCUUACGAGAUUAGUCGUACCUAUUCCUAUUAUUAGCUUUCCCUCACUGCAGAGCCCGCCGGCGAACGAUGGUGCAAACGAUGGCGCGAACGACGAACCCGUAAAGUCUGGUUAUUCCGGCUAUCUCUCCGAAGCUCCGGGUAUAACUAACAAAUCGUUAUCCAGCCGCGCCCUGUUGAGAAGGUGUUUGGACUCUGGUGCUGUGGAUGUGAUGGCUAGUCCACUGCAUAUUAAAACCCUCCCAACACUUGAAGUACACGCGUACCGGGCUCAUAAGCAGGCCGCUAGGGAACAACAAGCAGCGUUGGAAGUUUCGAGAGGUCGUAAGAGGUCAUGGGUGGGCGUAAAUGAGGGCCAGCCUUAUUCGUACCUUAGAGAGGCUAUGGUAUCUGGGUUAAUGAAAGGGAUUUGCCGUUCAAGCACAGAAUCCGAAGACCGCAUUGGGAGCGUCAAAGUCAGCGUUCCGUCCGAGCACCGAUCCGAAAUCGCCGAGGCUGUCGGCAGGUGGCAUUUUUGCGCUCAUGAUUUUGGUGAUGACGCUCUCCUUAUCGCAGCUAUCCUCAUGUUUAAGCAUGCCUUUAUGAUGCCCGAGCUUGAGCAUUGGCGAAUACCAACAGAUCAACUAACGUCAUUCCUCGUCGCCACGCGGGCUGCCUAUAAUACAUUUGUUCCUUACCACAAUUUUAGGCAUGCCGUCGACGUCCUUCAGGCUACUUUCAACUUUCUUGUUCAAAUUGGAGCGUUACCGCCAUAUCCCUCUCGGUCCGGACCUCCUGUCACACCAACCGAGAAAUCUCCGCUGGCAUAUUUAAUCAAGCCGUUUGAAGCGUUGACUCUUCUUAUAGGAGCAAUCGGUCACGAUGUUGGCCACCCCGGCGUCAAUAAUGGCUUCUUGGUAGUACUUAAUGCACCGUUGGCACAGCUGUAUAAUGACCGGUCCGUUCUCGAGUCCUUCCAUUGUGCAGCAUAUUCGCAGAUUCUUCGGAGAUACUGGCCUAGAGUCUUCGAUGACACGAAAAUGCGACAUCUUUUGGUUAGCUCGAUUUUAGCAACAGACAUGGGCCUCCACUUCGAUUAUAUGAAAAGACUCGGCGACCUUCAAGAGAAGUUGAAAGAGAUUGAUUCAAUCGAUUGCUGGAAUGGACGCAUGAUAGAAGAGCAAACAGCGUUCGUGUGUUCUCUGCUGAUCAAAUGCGCUGAUAUCAGUAAUGUUGCCCGAGAACACCAGACCGCUCUCCAAUGGAUGUAUAUCCUCUGCGACGAGUUUUCCAGACAAUCAACGAUGGAGAACGACAUUGGUAUCCCAUCUUCUCUGAUUGCGCCACCAAAGAAGGAUUUCCUUUCACUAGCCCAGGCUCAGUUGGGGUUCAUGAACAUGUUCGCCAUCCCGCUAUUUCAGGGGAUCGCUGAUGUGCUACCCGCGAUGCAGUAUACUGUUGACGAGCUUGAAAGGAAUAAAUCUCUAUUCGAGAAGACGGUAGAAGAAAUUCCAGGCAUGGGAGACGAGCGAAAGAAGAGAUUAACUGAGGGUAUACUUUCACCUCGUUCAGUGAGCCUAGCGAUCCAGCCGGAACGAGUCGGGUUACCGAAAGAUUCAGAGAUCUGUGACCUAAUUCCGAACCAUGCCGAAUUGAAUAAAGCCGGCUCACAUACUCCUGACCAAUCUUACCACAUUCCCAGCAUUCCAGUGGAAUACAAAGAAAUCAAUGGCGUCUCCCCCGGCUUUGACAACAUCGCAGAUUUUGCCGCAAGCGAUCCAUUUGGCAUCAACGAGUCGGAAAAUAAAUUGAUUGGGCACAAUGGGAAGCAACGUUGUAGCGAGACUACAGAUGGGAGUAGCUCGGUACCGACGGGAGAUUGGCAAUCGCAAGCCACUAGCGCCACCACGGGCAAGAUGCCUCUCUCACCGAGCACUCAGGGCACCAGCAUCGUCAGCCAAGAAUCCAUGGAACGCGAGCGCCCGUGCAAUCUACCCGUCACCACGAUCACGGCACCUGACUCCCGUAUGAUAGCGCCGAUGAUGGGUUUCGACUCAGCCAAUUCGGAGGAGGAUUCUAAUGGGAAUACCCUUAAACCUGAACCCGAGAGAGCACUGAAAAAGAAGGGCAGCAGAUUCAGGAUGAACGUUUCGACAUUCUUUCGUAGGAAUAAGGGUGCGAGUUCGCCAUCAUCCGGUGGUUCUUGAAUCAAUCUAAACAUGAUACACCAAGCAUCAGGGUGCUACGAGGUACGAACAAACUUUAUUAAUCACAUGAGUCGAACGACGCGACAAUAUCGACACACGCUUCCGAAUAUAUAUACACACAUAUAUU